AUGACAAAGCAACGACGCUCAUUUUUCGUCGAUGAUAUCCUCCAUAUGGUGAUGCCAACUAAUAAAAAUGAAAAUUGUUCAAAUGAGAAAAAUGAUUUAAAACGUAAAAAAUCAACAACCUCCGAAGAUGGUAACAGAGAUGAACAUGAACAAAUACUAUUAAAUAAGAAAUUUCGAUUUCAUAAUUAUGAAAAAAAAAAAAAAAAAGAAAGUCAUGAUGACGAUGACAAUGAUGACAAUGAUGAUGAUGAUGAUGAUGAUGAUGAUGAUGAUGAUAAAAAAGAAGAAGACAAUAAUGAAUCAAAUCAUGCUCAAAUAGUUGAUAUGAUGAAAGAUCGUGGUAAAGUUGACGAAGAAUCUUAUUCAAGUGACAAUACCAACAACAUUGAUAACAACAGUGAUGAUGAAUUAUGUGCAUCAAGUUCUUGUUUGACAGCCAUUAAUUUACGACCAAAUAAAAAACAACGUAAACCACGUACAGCUUUUACUGAUGUUCAAUUAAAUACAUUAGAGAAAAGUUUUGAACGACAAAAAUACUUAAGUGUACAAGAACGCUUAGAACUUGCCAAUCGUCUUCAUUUAUCUGAUACACAAGUGAAAACAUGGUAUCAAAAUCGAAGAACAAAAUGGAAACGACAAGCAUGCCUUGGCCUCGAAUUAUUUUCUGGUAAUACAUUACAGCGAUGGAUAGAACGACAACCACAUUUACUUGCUGCGGCUGCUGCCGCUGCUGCCUAUCGAUCUUCAUCAGAUGCAACCAAUGUUAUCGGUUCGUUUGGCCAAAAUUUUUUUAAUGAUAGCAAAUUAUCAAUAACUCCCAAUCACAAUAUCCAUAGAUUUAUUCCUACAAGUUUGAAUUUACAUCGUCAAGAAUAA